AUUACGAGUACCCUUUCAGAUUCGAAUACGAUGACGUUUGCUCGUCUUACGUUCUUAAAAAAACCAAAAACGAUGAUCUGAGAAAAGCUCCAUUCUCAAAUCCUCAAAAAAGUUCUGAGAUCAUUAAUGUCUGCAGAAAGAAUGGCGACCAAUCACGCAAUCCCGAAUCAUUGAUCCUCGAUUUUGCCUCCAUAUUCUAAUCACACGCACUCACACAGUGGGAAAAGUGUAGAAAAAAAUUUAGAAAUGGAAAUGCAUUACCCUAACACUCUCACCAGGCAGCAACACCAACAGACGGUUCACCGGCCAUACAGCCACGGCGGCGGCGGCGGCGGUGGAGGUGGAGGUGGAGGCCCAAGCCCUAUGGUUGAAGUUCCGAAACAGCCAUCGCAUUCGCCGUCAAAUGUCAACCGGAGUACCGACGGGGAGCUUCGGGCCGCGGCUGCGCUUGACUGUAACCUUAAUUCUCUCUGUGAUCAUAUCCAGCUGGAAGGUUUCAACAAUGGUGCCUUUUCAGACGUCGUUGUUCACGCCAUGGGUUCCACUUACCACCUCCAUCGGAUUAUUUUAUCCCGUAGCUCUUAUUUCAGGAACAUGCUUCAGGGUCCCUGGAAAGAAGCCAAUGCACCUGUGUUGACUUUGCAUGUGGAUGAUAAUAAUGUAAAUGGGGAGGCUAUUGCAAUUUCUUUAGCUUAUCUGUACGGACAUUAUCCAAAGCUUAAUGAUAAUAAUGCUUUUCGAGUUCUUGCUGCAGCAUCAUUUCUUGACCUUCAGGAUUUGUGCGCGAUCUGCACGGAUUACAUAAUAUCUGAACUUUGGAUUUCAAACUUCUUGGCUUAUCAGGUAUUUGCAGAGAGCCAAGAUUAUGGAAUACAUGGAGAACGAGUUAGAAAUGCUUGUUGGGGCUACCUUUGUCAAAGUGGAUCUAUGGAACUUAAAGAGGUGCUUCCUAAACUUUCUUCUCAAACAUUGCAUGCUUUGUUGACCUCUGAUGAGCUGUGGGUGCCCAGUGAAGAAAAGAGGUUUGAACUGGCAUUGCACACUCUUCUUGCAAAAGUUUCUAUCUGUGAGGCAGAAAAUCAAGAAUCAGAAAGUUCUGGGGCUGAGGCGGCAAAUGUUAGUUACUCUGAGGAUCCAAAAGGAAGUGAUAAUAACUUGAUUGAUGGUUCCCCAGAAAAAUUGGAUGUUGAAUUAGGGCAAUUAAGUUUGAAAGACGAACUCGAUAGCCAUACUACUGCUCACAAUAUUUUGGUUGAACUUGCUGAUCGUGUUGUUGAUUCUCAAUCUGAGGGUGCAAGCUGCAAACAGCAGGUUCAACAAACAGCAUGUGCUCAACCACCCAUGGAGUUGGGGUACCAUAGCAGUAUUAGAAGAUCAUCAUCAAAUAAUGGAUUUGCAUACACGGGUGGCAUGGAGUCCUCAUGUUCUUAUCUUGAAGUGCCAGUUGGUGCUCGUCCAUAUGGACUUAAUGGAAAUAACAUGGCUAUGGAAGGACCAUCUGAAGAAGAUUCAUGUUAUCUACUGAAUAACAACAGUUGGCUUCCUGGAGAUGAAAAACACUGCAUAUCGGUGAGCUCAUCUUGUAAUAAUGCCAUGCCUAGUGAAUGGGAAAGGAAUAGUAUGCCGCCUCUAGCAUGGGGUGGUAGGACUGUUGGAAGAAGAGAGGUUAAAACUUGCUUUUCCGGGCAUAAUGGGGUGAACACGGAAGAUUACGACGCUUUUGUAAAUAUAUUUGAAGGAGGCUCUCUCUUGUACAGCAACAUGUCUUUUGAAGCUCUUCUAAAUGUUAGAAAGCAGCUUGAAGAGAUGGGAUUCCCGUGCAGAGCUGUGAAUGAUGGUCUUUGGCUCCAGAUGCUACUGAGUCAGAGGGUGCAAGAUGUUGGUGCAGAGACAUGCCGCAAUUGCUGCCUUAUGAGUUUUGCAUGUGCCUGUAGGCCGCCAUUUGGAUAUUCUCGUGGUGCUUCAACAACUGGAUAUUACAUGCCAGAGUAUGAUCAUAGUGAUCCCUCCAAUAAUGUUGGAAAUGUCUUUGUGACUGAUUCUGUUCAAGGAGAAGGAAAUGGACUAUUUAGACCUGUGCGUCUACAUGUUCGUGGACCUAAUGAUGGGCUUGCUGGUCUCGGACGAGGAACAACAUUUGUACCUGCAGCUGCAUGGCCACCAACACGAUUUGUUUUUUCUCGUGUACCAUUUGGAGUAGGUAGCCGUAACUCUCAGCAGUCUAUUGGUAAUGAUGAUCCUGAGGGUAGAGCUGAUCACAAUGGAGACCUUGCUGGCGAUGGAUUGACAGCUUUAGUUGGGCUAAGCCAAGGAGGGAAUAGUGCUGGUAAUGUUCAUGGGGAGCAAUAUAACACAGAUAUGCAGAGCAGAAUGGUAGAUUCCUCUGUUGCUGGGCCCAGUAAUAGGGGUAUUCACAUGCAAAUUCUUGAUUCCUCUGAGCAUCCCAUUGGAAUUCAAUGGGAAAACACAAGCAAUUGUAUAUCUUUGGAUAUGAAAACACCUCUAAGUCACUUCCCUCCCUUUCGCUUUGCGGUUGAAUUUCAGGAUGUGCACAGGCUGAAUGAUGGCCAAGUGAAGCACUCUCCUGAAGUCUUUUAUGCCGGUUCCUUGUGGAAGGUUAGUGUUCAGGCUUUUAGCGAUGAAGACCCUCAAGGACGCAGGACCCUUGGUACAUUUCCCUCAACUUUUAAGAUGGAACCUUUUGAUUGCUAUAUUUCCCAGUUAACAUCUUUAGUUCUGUUGCUUCAGGACUUUUCCUUCAUCGACGGAAGGCUGAGCUCAGUAGCACAGUCAGAAAGGUCCAUAUGUAUAUUGAUACUCGCGAAAAGGUCACUGCAAGAUAUCAGGUAAAGUUUGCUGAAUACUUUUAUGUCUAAUAGCCAGCAAUCCCAGGUAUCAGCAUUCCUAAAUCUGAAGAGUUUCACCUUUCUGGUCUGUUUUAUGUUGACAUGUGAUGAACCAGCUGAUAUGUCCAUCAAAGAGAGAAGUCAUGGUGUUUGGAAGCUUCAAACAAACAGGAACACUUUUACCAAAAGCUCCAAAAGGAUGGGGUUGGCGGACAGCACUGUUGUUCGAUGAGCUUGGUGACCUCCUUCAGAAUGGAGCACUGCGAGUAGCUGCUGUUGUACAGCUUAUUUAAGGCAGAAAGGUGAGACCUUUAAUGAAGAAUCCAUCAUUCCUGAGGAUCAUAGAUGGAACUGUAGUAUUAUACAUCUAUACUUCAUACGUGAUGUUGAAUCUAUUAGCUGUAAGAUAAUUAAUAAAAGGUCACAUCAGACUGUAGUAUUAAGAUACUUAAUGCGUGAAGUCAGUAGAUGGGCCUUUAGGCUUUUACUUAGGUAUAUGUACCACAGUAUCUUUUCUUGUAGAAUGAAACAAAAAUACAUUUUGCCUGAUACUCUCAUUGAGAUUGAUUGAAUAUAUCUUUAGAGUUCCAUUGCAAUCAAGAGC